GAUAGUCAUCAGCUUCUGACUCAUCAAUCUAAAACUUAAUCACGUCAUUGGAGUUUCACCUUCUGAUAUUAGCGUCAGCAGCGUGGAAGACACAAAAAAGUCUGCAAGGCAAUCGGUGAUGGUGUGCCUCAAUAAGUGCUGCUGUGAAAGUCACGCGCUGCCUUUUCGCGACUGUUAACGUAGAAUGAUGCACUGUAUCUUCGUGGUAUUCUUCAUUGGUCAUGCUACAGGAACCUUUGACUACAGCGGCAGAGCCACGUUGAAUGAUGUCAAGGCUUUCUUCAACACCCCGGAAAAGCUCCUUCUGCUCCGAAGAAGCUAUUCUCGUUUGAUUGAGAAGUUUGAUCCCAUAUGCAUAUACAGCAGGAAAACUACUGUGACAGAUACGCACAUUGCACUGAUCGAACAAUUUGAUUAUGGCGAUCGAAGCAGCAAACUUCAUUGUACUGCGUACCGUGUUUACAUGGAGAUGUCAAAGAAGAAAGGAAUGGACGUCGCACCACUGCUGAAGGCAGCAAAAGUUGAUGUACCGUGGUGCCCUUUUACUGCGGUAGAGGCAAGUUCUGGCACCACAACUUAUAAGCAAGGGUACAAGAAUGGGAGAAAUUACACUUUCGAAUACUAUGACUCCACAGACAAGUGCGCUGUGAUUACGUUCUCAGACAAAGAAUGUGAAAUAAAAUGUGAAUUGCACGUUUGGGAAAACUACACUGAUUCGAAAAUGACGAAUUGCGUCAGAGAAUAUGAAUACUUGUGCAGACAUCGCACUAAGUACACCCCUUAUGAGAGUAAUAUUUGUACUUGGGAUAAGAGUCGUUAUGACACGCCAUCUGUGUUCAUUCCUUAUUUACCCACUGGGAAGUGAUGCGAACGUUUGUUG